AAAACUGCAUGGCAAAAAAUAUAUUAGACUGCUUUUAACAUUUCUCAAGGAAACAAAAGCAGAUUUGUUUGCUUAUUUUAAUUGCAUGUGUGUGCACACAGACUCAUGGACAUGUGCUUAAACUCAAAACAGCUUUUUUUUUUUUUUUUGAGGCUCACCUUUUUCUUACUAUCGUCAAAUGACCGGUGUGUGGUGCUGUGUGCUUUUACUUUUGGAAAUCCUGAUGCAUUGGAAUGCCACUGUAGAGUUGAGAGAGCGAGCAAGAGAGAGAACGAGAGCGCCUAAAAGAGUCAUAACCCUCUCUGGUUCUUGAAGGGUUAAUUCUUCCUUACUUUGAGAUUAGCUUGGCUGGCUGACCAUUGGUGGCUUCUUUCAGUUGUCUCUUGCUCUGCCUGUCUCUUGGCAGUGGCUGCAAUUUUGGGACUGUCUCCUCCCUCUCCCUCUAUUAGCUAUGAUUGGUACAGCCCAAGCCGGCUCCGAGGGAUUGUAGCUCAGACCGAGAGACUAUUUCAUAUGAAAUACUGGCCACAGUGACUGUAGCUUCCUCCUCUAUCGCCCCAGGUAUAUCCUGGACAUCUCUUGGCCCAUGGUUAGAUAGAAGACCAUGGAUGCCCCUUGAUUAAUUUCUCAGCUUCUUGGUUUCCAGGUGGAAAGAGCUGUCUAAUGAGGUCCUGAUAUUGCCAGAGAUCCACGGAGUGCCACGGUCCCGGCAGUUGCAGCCUGCACGUUCUCUCCCAGGGCCUUCCCACUGCCUCAAGCAUUUUCCUGUUGACCUACGGACCUCCAUGGAUGGCAAGUACAAAGAGCUUGCUGAGGAGUUGUUUUGUCACUCAUUGGCUGAGAGUGAAAUGCGCAGUGCUCCCUAUGAAUUCCCAGAAGACAGCCCCAUUGAACAGCUAGAAGAGAGGCGCCAACGGUUGGAGCGGCAGAUAAGCCAGGAUGUGAAACUAGAACCUGACAUUUUACUCAGAGCCAAACAGGACUUCCUGAAAAUUGACAGUGAUGCCGACCUACAAUUAUAUAAAGAACAGGGUGAAGAUCUAGUAGAUCACCUUCCAAAAGAGCGAGAUGUAUUUUUGGAGAGAGAGUUCCAGAGGGUCACCAUCUCUGGAGAAGAGACAUGUGGGGUGCCCUUUACAGACCUGUUGGAUGCUGCUAAAAGUGUGGUCAAAGCAUUGUUCAUCCGGGAGAAGUACAUGGGGCUUUCUCUGCAAAGCUUCUGUAAAACCACAGCCCGAUUCCUGCAGGAUCUUUCAGAAAAACCCUUUGCCCUCAGGAUGUAUGAGGAGAUUCCUGAGACUCCUGUGGGUGCAGAUGUUCCAGUGCAUCCGCCAUUUGCACACCAGCACCCUUAUGAGAAAUGUGAUCCUGACUCAAUGCCUGGAGAUCUUGGCUUUGGCCUCAGGAUGGUCAAUGGAGUAGUUCAUGUGUACACCAAGCAGGACAUCACUGACAAGACCACUGAACUGGACUUGCCUUAUCCUGACCUGCAGGAGUUUGUGGCUGACAUGAAUGUUCUGAUGGCUCUGAUCAUCAAUGGCCCCAUAAAAUCUUUCUGCUAUAGGAGACUUCAAUACUUAAGUUCAAAGUUCCAGAUGCAUGUCCUGCUCAAUGAGUUGAAAGAGCUGGCAGCUCAGAAAAAGGUGCCACAUCGUGACUUCUACAAUAUUCGGAAGGUGGACACACACAUCCAUGCUUCAUCCUGCAUGAAUCAGAAGCAUCUGCUACGCUUCAUCAAACGGGCUAUGAAGAAACAUCUGGAGGAAAUCGUUCACGUGGAAAAGGGCAAGGAGCAAACCCUUAAAGAGGUCUUUGAGACCAUGAAUCUCACAGCAUACGAUCUGAGUGUGGACACCCUUGAUGUCCAUGCGGAUCGCAACACCUUUCAUCGGUUUGACAAGUUCAAUGCCAAAUACAACCCCAUAGGAGAGUCUGUCCUGCGUGAGAUUUUCAUUAAAACAGACAACGAAGUCUCUGGAAAAUACUUUGCUCAUAUAAUUAAGGAGGUAAGGUCUGACCUAGAAGAGAGCAAAUAUCAGAAUGCAGAACUGCGACUGUCUAUCUAUGGCCGAGCACGGGAUGAGUGGGAUAAAUUAGCCAAGUGGGCUGUUACCCACAGAGUGCAUUCCAACAACGUACGCUGGCUGGUGCAGGUGCCUCGGCUAUUCGACGUAUACAAAACAAAGAAACAGCUGGCCAACUUUCAGGAGAUGCUGGAGAACAUUUUCUUACCUCUCUUUGAAGCCACCAUCAAUCCUGCCAGCCACCCAGAAUUGCAUCUCUUCUUGGAGCAUGUGGACGGUUUUGAUAGCGUAGAUGAUGAGUCCAAGCCAGAGCACCACAUCUUCAACUUGGACAGUCCCUUGCCUGGCAAUUGGGUGGAAGAAGAUAAUCCACCAUAUUCCUAUUACCUUUAUUACACAUAUGCUAAUAUGGUGGUGUUGAAUCAUCUGCGUAGGAAGCGGGGCUUCCACACCUUUGUGGUGCGACCCCACUGUGGGGAGGCAGGACCCAUCCAUCAUCUUGUGUCAGGUUUCAUGCUGUCAGAGAACAUAUCUCAUGGCCUCCUUCUCCGCAAGGCACCAGUGCUGCAGUAUCUCUACUACCUGGCUCAGAUUGGCAUUGCUAUGUCUCCACUUAGCAAUAACAGUCUGUUCUUAAGCUACCAUCGUAAUCCACUACCUGAGUACCUGUCUCGGGGCCUCAUGGUCUCCCUGUCCACAGAUGAUCCCCUGCAGUUCCAUUUCACUAAGGAACCCUUGAUGGAAGAGUACAGCAUUGCCACACAGGUUUGGAAGCUCAGCUCCUGCGAUAUGUGUGAACUUGCCCGGAACAGUGUGCUUAUGAGUGGCUUCUCCCACAAGGUGAAGAGCCACUGGCUUGGACCCAACUACCUGAAGGAAGGGCCUGAAGGCAAUGACAUCCGUCGUACCAAUGUGCCAGAUAUCCGGGUAGCCUAUCGCUAUGAGACACUUUCCCAGGAGCUGACUCUCAUCACCCAGGCUGUGCAGACGGAAAUGCUGGAGACCAUCCAGGAGGAAGACCUUCUGACUAUCAGCUCCAUCCGGGAUACUUGCUGAAAGAGACUCGUUCAUAAUAGGUCUCCCUUUCAGCCCUACACUGGCUUGACUAGCUGGGGCUGUUCUGCGAGCGCAAAGAGAGCCUGACCAUCCACCUCCCUCAUCCCAGAGACUUUUCUACUUUCCUGUUUUGUGUGUGUGUGUGUGUGUGUGUGUGUAUGUGUGUGUUUCCUUCAGUAUCUCUUGGAAAGGUUUCUUUGCACUUGGUAAUCUGCUGGGGUCUCCUGAAAGGUGACUAGUUAGAAGCAUCUCCAGGGUUCAGAUCCAGGAACCAAGCAAAGCAUCUGUAGUGUGAAUGGAAAGGCUGGUCAGAUCAUUUGUGAGCCAAGGCCAAAGAGGUGGAAAGGAACUUCAGAAUAAAUUCUGGAAGUCCUAGCAUGUGAAUACAUUUGUCUGGUGGCAAAAAGAAACACCAGCAUGUCUACAUGUAUCCUGAGCAACAUCUGCCAGGACCAAAGUCUUCUGGGGGUGCCUUGCACUACCUCGCUUUUGUUUUAGGGGGUUCACAUUAGCUGGUCAAGCAACUCUGAGAGGCUGGAACCAGCCCUGCGUUUUGCCAUCAGGGCAGUACGUUGUUGUCAAUCCCACUAUGCAAGAGCCUCUGUUUUUCAGUGUUAAGCUCUAGUCUAGUGUUUCUCAAGCAUGGAAACUUUUAAGAUGUCUGGACUUUAACUCCCAGAAUUUCCCAGCCAGCAUGACAUCUUAAAGUAAUGACAUCUAGUCAUCUUAAUUUUGUCAAAAUUGAGAAACACUCUCUAGUAUGAAGUGAGGCAAGAGACAAAUUCUUUGCCUGUCAUUUCCUUUCAAAACCCAAUAAUUUGUCUUUUUUGGCUCAGGGAAAGCACUAACCUUUGAUUCCCUCCAUACUUUAAAGGCGGAUGACUCUGCGCUGUCAGGGACAAAGUGGACUUGAGAUAAUAGAAAUAUUGUUAGCAUGCCAAAUAAUUUGUUCUGCAUCUUUUGUAAAACUCUUGGUUUCUCUCUAUACCAAGUAUUAUAAAAGAAGUUCAGUGCAGUUAUUAAUGUAGCAAGGAGAUUGAAGAUGAUUGUGGCAGUGAAAAAGCAAGGUGAUUCCUGGAGGAAAGCCUUGGAGCCAAGAUACCUACCUGGCACGGAAGGAGUUUAUGAGUAAUUAUUAUGAUUGUUAUUAAUUAUAUAUCUUAGGCUCAAAAUGGAAACGAUGAAAGAGGUCUGAGAUCAGUUGUUUUUAAAGCAAACUUUUAAGUAAUUUUAGGCUUGAUUGGAUCAGUGACCCUCAUCAGCAGUUGGGGUGAGAGGAUGUGUGGAGUUGCAUUAAGCCAUUUAUUGGGUCUCAUCUACUUUCCCAAAGUUGCUACUAGCUCAGGAAUGAUAGCAUUUGGUUCCCCUACCUACAGAGUUAAUGGUGCAAGUGCAGGAGGAGAGGGUGUUAGAGCAGAAAUCAUUAUCCAUGGAAGAAGAGUUUAUACACUCUGGCAGUGUUGCCCCGUUUUUGGACUGCCUCUUCCUUCAACUGUUUUAAAGUUUAGUUGGGGGCGGGUGUUUCCUCAAUUUGGGAGAUCAUUCCCACCCCUAUUGCAGCCAUUGUUCUAAUGUCUGAUGCAGAAGCUCCUGAGAGAUGGAAAUUGUUUGGACUGGUUAGAAUGCAGAAGAUUCAAAGUGCUUGUUACACCUGACCCUCCCUCCCUCUCUCUUUCUCUCUUUCUUUCUCUUUCUCUCUCUUGCUGGGUUUGAGAGCAAUAGAAACCAUUGCUUAUGGAAGAAGAAACCACUUUUUCACAUAUAGCAGGAAGAAAAGCCAUAGAAAUGCCUGGACAGGCUUCUGUGCAGUCACUUUUUGGCAUUAGCAUGAAGCCUUUUGCUGUGAGUAGAUAACACAUCUGGAGAAAACAACAUAUAGCAACUUCCACUCUUUGAAACUAUGUAGAGUAGAAAUGUCUAAUAAGUCAUGGGAGAAGAAAGUAGAUCUAAGUCCUUCCAGAUCAGCCUUUUUAGUUCUGCACCUUGGAAGGUUUUAUAGUUGAAAGGCCAGCCAUACCCAGGACAGUCUGUACAAGUUUCUGACUAAGGAAUCUACUUUCUGACAGCGUUUGACUCCCAUUCAUGUGCUACCUUUAAUACCAGUGGGCUAUUGUCAUCCUAUUAACGGGUGUACCAUCAGUCAUAAUUUGGAAAUCUCUUGUGGGCCUCUCUCUUGAGGUACAAAACAACUUCAGACUGUGCUCACUCUCUUCAGGUUCUUAGACAAAUGUUAUAUCUAUAAAUAGGCACUGGUUCCAUUGUUCUAACUCCCAGUUGCUGCCAAUAACAUGCAAUCUUACUAUUGCAAGCAGAUUCAGUACAAAGGGAAAUACAUUUUUAAAUUUGAGGUGAGUAGAUAGCAAGGAAUGCUUCUAGAGUGAACCAAAAGCGUGUUGAUGCCCUCUUCUAAAUUUGACUACCUCAAUCUGCCAUUGUCCAGAUACGUUGGACUAAAGCUCCCAUAAUCCUCAACCGGCAGGGCUGCAUGAAGUUGUGCUCCAGCACAGUUAGAAGUGAGCAAGUUGAAGGCUGCUCUAAGUGCCUGUGGCCAAAAUCUGAGGGUCAUAACAAAAUGACUGCUUAAAGAUGUUCAUGGAGUGCACCAAGACUAAAUGGAUUGCUUUUUUUGAUGUUAACUGUGGAAGAGGCAUUUUGUUAUAGUUUGUGUCAUCAUUUUGAGGGUCACAUCGAAGAAAAAGGAACCAUUUUUUAAAGCCUGUCUAGUUGGCAUUUCACUUUCAUGGCACGGCAAGGUAAUAGGGUAAUUCCCCUCCCUCCCCCGUGCUUUGCUUGGAAUUUUACUUCUCCCAAGCAGUUUUGCAAUAGAGCUAUCUUGCCUUUGUUUCAGCGAGCAUGGAUGCCUUGUCGAUCUAAGGGUUUGGUCCAACACAUGGUUCCAGGAAGAAAUGGCAUAUCAGUUGAACUGAAGUGAAACAUAAGCUGCCCCCCCCCACUUCGUCUCUCAUUUUCUCCCUUCUCCUUGCCUUUAAUCUGCCUAUUGGUACAUCAUGUUAGUUUUUUGCUUUGGUGUCAGAAUUGAAACUGGUAUUCCUUUUAGCAAUCACAUGUACCUUCAUCUCACCUGGCUAUUAUAUGUACCCUGGAUGAACUCUAGGCUUGUCUGGGCUGUUAGAAAUCUUCUGAAAUAAGAGCAUGAUCCACCAUUAAAGAUUAUUUAAGUAAACUGA